AUGUUCCAAAAAAUCGUCAACUUCUGGUUCUCUAGCUUCGUUACUGAGCGUCUCUUAGCAAGCCCCUUGUUCAAUCGCAUGGCUCAAAAGACACAUCACCAUGUCUCUACCAUCACAGACAAAGGUACCAAGACUGGUAGCGAAUUCAUGAAGGCUUUUAAGGCAAAUCUUGAGAAGGAGGCAAGAAACAGUGCCAGAAAGUAA